GCAAGGAGGAAGAGGGUCGACCCUUGACCCCAGCCACCCAGACUACCUGGAGGUGGAGAGCGUCACCUCGGGCCAGCCGUCUCGCUUCACCUCCCCACACCCGCCCUCCUCAGCCCACCAGCCCGCCACCGAGCAGCCACACUCGUCCUUGACCUCCUCCCCCCUGUCGUCCCGUGACCCCCGACCCCCCGCAGAGAGGCUGGAGCCCCUGAUGCCCGCCCAGCUGCGGCCCACCAAGGAGCGGGAAGUGUCGCUGAGCAAGGCGGAGGAGAGGGGAGACAAUUACUUUUCCCAGAUUUUUUCCAACUGCCUCAACCCUGUCAACUGUGUCCUCGGCAGAACGCCGCGACGCACGGGUAGAAAGAGCAACUCCCCCACGGAGCCACAGUCCCCGUCGCCCUCCCCCACCGGCCCGCCGCCCCCUGACCUGGGCGGGUCGCGACCCCCGGGGGGUCGUAGUAAGCCCGAGUGUGCUGGUGACGAGGACGGUGUCAGUCUCAGCUCGUCCUCCACAGGGACCUGUGUGACCCCGCUGCCCCCAGGUGACCCUGGCCACGGCCAAAAUAUACACUUUGUUGUUCAGUGAAAACAUACACUUUGUAGCACAGGGAAAACAUACUCUUUGUCCUACAGGAAAAACAUACUCUUUGUCCUACAGGGAAAACAUACUCUUUGUCCUACAGGGAAAACAUACACUUUGCCAUACAAGGAAAAUAUACACUUUGUCAUACAAGGACAAUAUACACUUUGCCAUACAAGGAAAAUAUACACUUUGUCAUACAAGGAUAAUAUACACUUUGUCAUACAAGGACAAUAUACACUUUGUCAUACAAGG